UUCACGCGCGCGCAAGCGGUUCUCGCGCGCGUGAUUUUCCCGCCGCCGCUGGAGCGCGGCAAAACGCCCCGUGCGCGCUAAAGGCUACGUUUACCCCGCGCGCGUCGUUUCGCGCGGCCGUUGGAGAUCCUCUAAAGUCCAUAAAACUACUGCUACAUAGCAAGAAUUGUGCAGGAGACACAGAAUGGACACGAGAUGCGGCUCAAGCCUGUAUCCGUCGUCUCCUUCCUCGUGUCGCUCCUCUUCCAGUUCCUCGCCGGCGGUGACGGGCACUUCAUCUACAACGGCUUUGAUGGUGCGUGGCUCGAACUCGACGGCAUGGCCGUGGUCGAGCCUGACGGCAAGCUCGCGCUCACCAACGUCACGUCCCAGCUCAAAGGCAGCGCCUUCCACCCGACGCCCCUCCGCUUCCACGAAACCAACGGCACCGUCGCACGCUCCUUCUCAGCAGCCUUCGUGUUCGCCAUUGUCACCGACCUGGUCACGGUGGGCGGAAACGGCCUCGCCUUCUUCGUCGGGCCGACCAAGAACUUGUCCAUGGCGUCGCCGAGCCAGUUCCUCGGCCUCUUCAACCCCCAGAACAACGGCAACGCGAGCAACCACGUCUUCGCCGUCGAGCUUGACACCAUCCUCAACCCGGAGUUUCGGGACAUCAACAGUAACCACGUCGGCGUCGACGUGAACGGCCUGGCAUCGGUCGUGGCCGAACCUGCAGGCUACUACGACGACGACACCGGCGAUUUCAGGAACCUGACUCUCAUCAGUGGUGAUGCCAUGCAAGUGUGGGUGGACUACGACGGCCGAUCCACGGUGCUCAACGUGACCCUCGCGCCUGUGGAGGCUCCCAGGCCCAAAAAGCCCCUCAUCUCCGUCACCGUCGAUCUCUCGCCGGUGCUGAACGGCACGGCGUACGUCGGCCUCUCGUCGUCGACGGGGCCGUUCCGCACGCGCCACUACGUGCUGGGCUGGAGCUUUGCGCUGGACGGGGCAGCGCCGCCGCUCGACUACUCAAACCUCCCCAAGCCGCCCCGCAUCGGCGACAGCAAGCGACGGUCCAAGGCGCGCGACGUCAUCCUUCCGGUGGCCACUCCGAUCCUCGCGCUCGCGGUGGUCGCCGGCGUCUCCCUGCUCUUGUGGCGGCGGUUGCGGUACGCGGAGCUGAGGGAGGAGUGGGAGGUGGAGUUCGGGCCGCACCGGUUGGCAUACAAGGAUCUGUACAUCGCCACCGGCGGCUUCGACGGCAAGCACCUUCUCGGCGUCGGCGGGUUCGGGAGGGUGUACAAGGGCGUGCUCCCGGCGUCCAAGAAGGAGGUGGCCGUCAAGGUCGUCGUGUCGCACGACGACGCGAAGCUGGGGAUGAAGCAGUUCGUCGCCGAGGUUGUCAGCCUCGGCCGCCUCCGGCACCGCAACAUCGUGCAGCUGCUCGGCUACUGCCGGCGCAAAGGCGAGCUCCUCCUGGUUUACGACUACAUGCCCAACGGCAGCCUGGACAAUUGGCUGUACGACCGGAACGCGACGCCGCUGGGCUGGGCGCAGAGGCUCAGCGCCAUUAGAGGCGUCGCGUCCGGCUUGCUCUACCUCCACGACGACUGGGAGAAAGUGGUGGUGCACCGGGACAUCAAGGCGAGCAACGUGCUCCUGGACGGCGAGAUGAACGCGCGGCUCGGCGACUUCGGGCUGGCCAAGCUGUACGACCGAGGCACCGACCCGCAGACUACCAGCGUGGUGGGCACCAUGGGUUACCUCGCGCCGGAGCUGGCGUGCACGCGGCGGGUCACGCCGGCCACAGACGUGUUUGCGUUCGGAGCGUUCGUGCUGGAGGUGGCCUGCGGCCGGCGGCCCAUCGAGCACGGCGCGGUCGACGACAACCGGCUGGUGCUCGCGGACUGGGUGCUCGAGCGCUGGCACAACGGGGACGUCACGGACACGGCGGACCCGCGGCUCUCCGGCGCCUACGAUGUCGAGGAGGCCGCGGCGGUGCUCAGGCUGGGCCUGGUGUGCUCCCACCCGGCGCCCGCUGCGAGGCCGUCGAUGCGGCAGGUGGUGCAGUACCUUGACGGCGACGUGCCGAUGCCCGAGCCGGCGCCGACGUAUCGGAGCUUCACCGCGGUGGCCUUGAUGCAGAACGCCAAGGGCAACGACUCCUACGUUGCUUCAUACCCGUUGUCUUCGGCGACUAGCGUCGGCGCAUCCUCUGUUCUCUCCGGGAGGUGAUGUUCGAAGGCCGAUCCCUGCCUCCCUGGCAACAACAUAGGAGUACGCUUGCCAGGGAUCACAACAUCUUCUGAUCUUUUUUUUUUUAGAUGAACAUCUCCU